AUGACGGCGCGCGGGCUGCGUCCGGACUCGGGUGUUCACGCUACCCGGUCCCCGGACCCGAUGCGCUCAUCUUCACUUCAACCACUCACAAACGGCUCGUCGGCUCCCCCUGCAAACGUCUGGCUUGGUUCGAACGGCAAAAUUCCGGAGAAAGAUGGCAAAAGCAAAUUUGAAGAGGCUGUCCGAUUCCAAUCGAGGUGUACUCCAAUUACUCUCGAAAUUAUUGGUCGGCUCAAAUGUUUGAGUGAUCUCUCAUUGAACGAUGUUCUGGCAUCAUCAGAUCGCUAA